AGGGAGAGGAGCUAGUUACCAAACAUUUCUAGCAUGUGGCGCGAAUUGUUCACUGUAUUUUUCACGUAACACAGCCCCAGGGGUGUGUGCAUGUACAUUACCGUGCCCGUUUUUCUCUCUAAAUAACAGGUCUUGCCUGUCGUUACAAGUGCAAAAAAAUGUCGACAAGACGAAGUAAACGCGAAGCUAUUCUGAAAGCACAGUUAUUGGAAAGGACUCCUGUGAAUCAGGAGGAGGAAGUCCGACGAUCAUCUCGAAACGUCUUGGCACCUAAACGGCUUCAAUACUCUCCUGAGGACACCACAGCUGAAAUACCCACGAAGAAAAGAAGAACAAAAACACACGAUGACAAAAACACCCAGAAUAAGAAACAGGACCCAACGAAGGAGGAGGAGGCUGAAAGUAGUGAUUUGGAGUAUACAUCUAAUGGACAUGGAGGACUUUCAGCCUAUGAAUUGGAAAGGCUGGAGAACAUCAGACAGAACCAGGCGUUCCUCUCCUCUAUCAACUUAUUUCAGGCCACCGAGGAGUUGAAGCAGUUGACACGGCCAAAGCCAUCGCAGAGGGGUCUCAUGAGGUCACAGGCUGCUGCAAAAGAAGUGCUGCCAGCUCGCAAAUCCCUUCGUCUGCAAAAUAAAGAGGCAGAGGUCUUGACACUUCCUCCUGAACCCAAGCAGACACAGAUCUAUGAACAGUUUGUUCGACUCAAGAAACCCCCUGGCCCUCUGCCUAUGGAUCCAAUCAACAUGGAAGAGGGAAGCAAGCUGCCUUCACAACUUCUUAAGCUCUGUUCUGAGGACUCAACAGAGGACAGAAAGGUGGCGCUUGAUCUGAAAGAGUACAGCUCAGCCCUUAAAAACAUGAGGAUAACUGAGGAAACAGUGGCCAAAGUGGUGAAGGAUCGCAUCUUCUCUGCUGCUUUCCACCCCUGCACCAGCAGCACAUUGAUGGCUGCAGGAGACAAGUGGGGGAAAGUCGGCCUCUGGAAUUUGGGUGGUGAUUGGGGUGAUGAUGGCGUGCUGCUCUUUGAGCCUCACACUCGUCCAGUGGGCUGCAUGGCAUUCUCCAGGGCUCAUCCCACCCACCUGCUGAGUCUCAGCUAUGAUGGAUCUCUACGCUGCAUGGAUGUAGAGAAGGCUGUCUUUGAUGAUGUGUAUGACAUUGAAGAUGGCCUGAAAACCUUUGACUUUAUGUCAUAUGACUGUUCGACGCUAGUCGUGGGGAACUGGUAUGGAGAAGUUGCCAUCAUUGAUAGGCGCACCCCAGGAAACUCCCAUGAGUCCCUCCACUCAAUGGACCCAAAGGGACUGCGAUGUGUAAGCGUCCACCCAUUGCAGAAGCAGUACUUUGCUGUGGCAGAGAGCAAGAUAGUGAGUGUUUACGACAGCAGAUGCCUGAAGAAGAGCGAAAGCAGGGCAGUCUUCCAGCUGCAUGGCCACUCUUUGAGUGUAACCAGUGCUUAUUUCUCCCCUUGUACAGGGAACAGAGUUCUCACUUCCUGUAUGGAUAACAACAUAAGGAUAUAUGACACAUCUGCAAUGGCUAACAAGUCUCCCUUGCUGACAACCAUCAGACAUGACAUGCAGACAGGCCGCUGGCUGAGCAAACUGUCAGCAGUGUGGGACCCCAAACAGGAAGACUGCUUUGUGGUAGGCAGCAUGUCGAAGCCUCGGAGGGUACAGGUGUUCCACGAAAGCGGCCGGCUCCAGCACUCCUUCAUGGAUGAGGAGAACCUUAACACAGUGCUGUCUGUCACUGCUUUCCACCCCACAAGGAACAUCUUACUGGGGGGCAAUGCAUCAGGGCGCCUGCAUGUCUUCUCUGACUAAGAUAAUGACCAAAACCUGUGUGACCAGCACCUCUGGUUGCCUUCAGCAGUGUAAAGGAACAAGUAAGUAAAUAGUUUUAUCACAGCCAGAAUGUAAAUAUCUGUACAGUGAAGAUAGCUAUCUCACUGCUGGAAACUAGCUGUGACAAUAUUGUGUACAGUAUGUUCAUAAUUCUUAUACUUUAGCUAAGAUACCUGUAAACUAAAUAUCAGCUAACACUCUUAAAGUCACUAGUCAUGUUCUUAAGAGAUGUUACACUUACAGGUACAUUCAUACACUGUGAGGUAACACAGUAUCAGUAACAAAGUAUCAUAAUUUUCUUCCUCACUUUUCACAACAAAAAACACAUUUAUUGCUAUAUUGGUUAAGUAGUGUCAGAGGGUAGGUGUGUUUGAGGUUGGUCAAGCUGUGAUUCAUCCUGCUCUUAUUCGAGACGCAGUGAAACACAUCUCAGUCUUUGAAUUUCAUACAGCGUCUAUAAAAAUGGGACUUUUUCUGAUCGCAUCUCUUCCAGUUCUGGUUUGAACAACUGAACCUCUCGGCCAUGUCUGCAUGCUUUUCCUCAGUGAGUUACUGCUGCAUGAUUGGCUGAUAAGCGAUAUGCAUUAAUGAGGUGUACCUUAUUGAGUGACCACUGAGAUUAAGAACAAAUGUAAAACACUACUGUAUUCAUUCCCCAGCCUUCACUCCUAUGUAGAUGGCUCUGUAUGAGCUUACAUGAGGACACUGCACUCAAACUGUGUUUUGAAGCCACUCCUGUGUAGAUUUGGCUUCAUAUUUGAGUUUGUUUUCUUGCUGGAUAGUAAAUCUCUUGUCACAGUUCUGUUGCAGACAGAAACAGGGAUUUACCUGUAUUUUUCUGCAUUCAUUUUACCUUCUGCCUCAAUGGGCUGUCAGGCUAGCUGCAAAGACGCAUGCCCACAGCAUGAUGCUGCCACUGCCAGCCUUCACAGUGAAGAGGAUGUGUUAAUCCUCGUGCAGUGCCUGUGCAAUUGCCAAAAAAGCAAGUUGACAGAUUUACAGCUGUGCUUUGUUGUUUCCUUACGCUCCUCCAGGGAAUAUUCCAGUGCCUUGGAAGUUAUCUUGACUUCUCCUGAUUGGAAUGUUUCAGUUACCUUGUCUUAGAUAUGUUUGUCAUCUUGUCUUUCUAGGAGUUUUUGACUAUUCAGCUGUUGUAACUCUUGAGAUAAAAGUAUAUUUAAAUUCACUAUUUAGUUUUACGCUAAUAGUGAAUUCCAAGUCUAAAAAAACAUUGUAUAACCACUGCAGGCAACCAGUGACUGAACAGGGGUAUUGAAAAGUUUGCGUUGUUGACUGCUGUUUACCUUUCUCUUAUUUUCUAUAUGUUAUACUCCAGAUGUCUUACAGAACUCAAGCAAUUUCUAAAAUGGGUUCCCUCUGUGUUAUUUGUUUUGAGGAUGUCAGACAUUAUUUUGACUGAAAGGCACCUUUGGUUGAGUAGAUAGUGUUCAAUUUAUUUUUUUUAUAUGUAACUUCUGAAACAAAUAGAAUAAAUAUCAAUUUUAUACCAAA